AUGUUAGUUCAUGAACAGCGUUGUGCAGCCGAGUAUCUGGAGCUCCUGUUGAACCAUUUGAGUGAAGAGGUCUCUGAGCCGUUCCGUGGAGAACUCUGGGAUACAACGCGGUGUUCUAAAGGACACUGGAUCAGCAAUGAGAUUUCUAGGUUCUGGACUUUACCACUGGCUAUGGAACACAUCCAGGGCGGCUCAGUGUUAAAGGGCCUUAAAGGGGUCUUUAAAGAGAAGACAUUCAGUGGGAUUUAUUGUGAAAAAUGUAAAAAGAAAACAGAAGCCACAAUCAUUUACACGAUGGAAAAGCCUCCUCUGAUCCUGGUUCUGCUGUUGAAGAGGUUUGACAUUGGAAUCAGGUCUUAUCACAAGUCUAACUGUGAAGUGGACAUCCCAGCAGUGUUACAUACAAAGGAUCUCUCGUACUCUCUGUGUGGAGUGGUGGAUCACAGCGGAGGACUGCAUGGAGGACACUACACAGCCACAGUCAAGUCUAAGGACAGACGCUGGUACUACAUCAGUGACACAUAUGUGAAGGAGACCUGGAGCCCACAAAAUGCUGCAGUCUGUCUGAAGAGCAGGGGAAAGUCCACAGCCCUGUGGAGUCCUGUGCUUAUGUCCUGUGUGUCCGAGACUUUCUUCCCCAGCCACAUGUGCUCCCCUCAGGUGGUUUUAGGCACAACAGAGAGGGUGGUGUUGAAAGCUGGUGUAGGUUUGCAGGGAGUCCAGGUGCUGCAGGAUGAAGGGAAGAGUCAGUUUUACGACAUCCUCUACAGACCUGUUGGUUCUUGUGUUGGGGAAGCAGCCAAGAAAACAGCAGGAGGCUGCAGAAGUACAGUGUAUACAGUGGUGGACGUGACCAUAAUGGACCCCGCCCCUCCAGAGUGUUCUGACCAGUGA